CUUUGGGCCGAGCAAGCGGGACGAGGAGCACUGGGUACCAACUUAAAUUUAGUGAUCGUAACACUUUCUUUUUGUGCAAACCACUGACCAUUUUAUGUGCCCGUGAUCGCAAUGGCCGCCAAAAUGGAAAACUCUUCAGAACUCAAAAUAGAUUUUGUUUUAGGUGAGCAUGAUUCUAAUGCGGCUAAAGGGAAGAUUGUCAUUGAAUGUAUCAAGUAUCUGUUAUACGAAAGACAUCAGGUUCCAACAACAGUUGAUCAAAUACUGCGGUACACCGAACUCGAAAUGGCGGAAGGCGGAAGGAAUGUCGUGUCAAGACGCCCGACCGUUUCUUCACGUAAUGACUCCAAGAAAAGAAUACAGCUUUAUAACGAUUUGAAGUGUUUAUUCCAAAACGUUGAGCAUCUAUUUUCGUCAUCGACCGUGUCUUCUGUUGUACUGGUGUUUGGCUCAACAGCUGUCAGCCCGAAAGAAAGCUACGUAAUCAAUUUUCAAACAAACGUUAAUUCAAUUAAAGGAUCAAAUGACAUCAAGUCUGAAUCAAGUCAGAAAAGACUCUCACGAAAGUUGAUUAGAACACUCGUAAUGAACCAGGAACUCCGCUCUUUUAAAGAAAUUUCAUCAACUCCUUUAUUAGUUUUUGUCCGAGUCCCUAGAUCUGUUGAGAACUCCUGGUUCAAACCAAAGCAAUCCUUCAAAAUUCCUUGGAGGGGAAAUUUCUGUAGGAUACUUGUUAAAGACACAGAAAUGACUGAGGAAGAAGAAGCUAUAAGAGAAGAAGAUCUUGUUUGGUUGCAAGCACCUGUUCCUAUUAAGGGCUACAAUGAAAAAGUGAAAGACGCGUCAGCUGUCUAUUCAGACUUUUGGAAUUAAUGAAAUCACAAAAUUUUAAAUUAGGGUUUUAGAAAAUUUUUAAUUCAAAUCAUUUGGAAUGAAGGAAAAUAUUGUAUAGCAUUUAUCAUCUUUUACUUGCUUUUUGGCCUAGAAACUCUACCUGAUCUACUCUAAUGUCACUCAAACGAAGGCCAAAUUUAUUAAUCUCAUUGCUACAAAUUAAUUAUCUGUGCUGAUUUAUUUCUAAUAUUCAUGUUACCAUUUCUUAUAUUGAAAUAUUGCAUUUGCCUUUAAAUUUGCUACAUAAUGUAAUUCAUGGUUAGACCAGAUAAAACAAAGUGAAAAUUCAAAUUUUGUAAGAUAAGAAUUUUCCAUUUUAGCUAACCAUGAUAUUGUUUGUAACAAAUAAAACUAUGAAAAAUUGA